AUAGAAAAUAUUCAUUCUUCAUGGUAUCGGAGCCCUAAUCUUUCACGGCUUCCCUUCCUCUUCUCCUUCUUGAGUUUCGGCCAAGCCCCCAACCCCCCUCCCUCGUCAGAUUCUUCUUCCCCCGGCAACCAUGGCCGACUCCGCCUCAUCUGGCAAAGUCACCAACAACAACGAAACCUCUUCUCCAAAUAAUUUUCCUCAUCUUGCCUUCACCACCAUCUCCAACAUCAAACUUCAUAUCCCGGUUCAACUCAGUCUCUCAGAACCAAAUUAUAAAAAGUGGAGUCGAUUAUUUCGUCUCUUGAUCCUCCGCUUCAAUCUCAAGGGUUUCAUCGACGGCACGACCAUAGCCUCCUCCGCAGACGAUGCUGAAUGGUAUCAAUUUGAUGCCUUAAUUCAGGGAUGGAUCCUGUCCACAAUCACUGAUGAAGUCUCCGAUCUUGUGCUUGCCAACAAUCUCUCUGCUCAUGCCCUAUGGAAGGCAAUCUACAAUCUUUUUCACGACAAUAAGCAUGCCCGGGCGAUGCAACUGGAGCAUCGUCUCCGUACAACUGUGAAGGGGCAACUCUCCAUCGACGAAUAUUGUCGCCUUCUCAAGAACCUCUCCGAGUAUCUUGAUGAUGUGGAUGCUCCUGUCACAUAACAUGCCCUCGUCCUCCAAGUUCUUUAAGGUCUCCCU